GGAUUGUGGUUUGAUAGGGACUCUCCUUUUUGGAUGUUACCGUGCAUGACUGAUGAUCUAGUCAGCUUAUUGCAUAAAAAAGGGAUUGCUAGUAUCCAGCAGCUGUUGGAUUGUCCUUCAAAAUCUUUGCCAGCUAUCACUGGGAGUUCAGCUGCCUCGAGACUCUAUCAGGAUAUGCAGCAUUUCCCUCGGAUUCAAGUUCGACUAAAGAUUCAGAAGAAGGAAUCUAAUGGUGGCAAGAUUUUUACCUUGAACAUUAGAUUGGAAGAUGCGAACACUCGGCGAAGAACAGCAAAAGCUUUUACCCCACGAUAUCCAAAGGUAAAAGAUGAAGCUUGGUGGUUAGUCCUUUGUAAUACUUCGGCAAGUGAACUGUAUGCUCUGAAGAGAGUGUCUUUCUCUGGUCGUUUGCAGACAAACAUGGAUUUGCCAUCCGUUCUGACCAAUUUCCAGGGAAUAAAGCUCAUUCUAGUAUCGGAUUGUUAUCUUGGGUUUGAGCAAGAAUACUCGAUUGAAGGAUUGGCAUAAUUUUGGACAAACUAUAGCAAUUCCAUAUGGGAUCGAGGCAUAGUUGUUGUUGCUACUGUUGUUGUAUAGAAACUCCAGAUUGAAAUGCAAUGUUCCCAGAUGCAGUUAAAUAUAUAUGCAUCAGGGUACUGCUGGAAGUCAUGAAUUUUUAUCAACAUAAUAUUUCGCCGGCUUCCAAGAACUUUUCCAGCACAUCCUCUUUUUUUUUUUCUUUCUAAAACUAGCUUUAGCGUACGCGCUUUGCGCAUGUAUACUAUAUCAAUAUUUGACACUGCAAUAAAUUAUUCAAAUAUUAUUAAACUAUUCAUAACAUGGCGUGUUAUUAUUAAGUGUCAUUUCGCGUGUAUUUCUA